AUGCGAGGCGUGCGGGCGGCGCUGUUCCUUGCGCUGCUGGGGGUGGCCGCCGGCCUCGGGGAGUCCCAAGACCCGAAUGUGGCCCUCGCACCCCCGAGCGUCGCCCACAGAAAACUGUUCCAGGGCCGCGGCCAGCCGCCUGUGCCUGAUGACGUCGUGAUACCCCCUGCAAACUGCACCCGCCCGACACAAUUCAGCUUCAUGGUGUCCUUGAGAAACGAUGCCGGGGAGCACACCUGUGGGGGUGCCCUGAUCAACGAGGGGGGUAACUCCCCAGAGUCCCGGUGGGUCGUCACGACUGCACACUGUGUCGACGAGCUGGCAAAGCCGGGAGCACUGCUGUUGCCAGAUGUGGACAUAUCUGGCCGGAGGCGGGACCAGGCCAUCGAGAGGAUCCCAACAGAGCAGACGUUUCUUCAUCCCAAAUGGAAGAGCGACCGCACAAGGGGCAACGACAUCGCCCUUCUCAAGCUCUCCAACACAUCUUGCUACAAGUUCCCUCUCAACAUAGCAGAGAAAAACUUCACCGUCCCCGGAAACGAAUCCGUCUCCUUUGUGGCCUUUGGGCGCGAGGGCGCGGACGCGGGCUUUGCCGACCAGCAGCAGGCAGGCAUGUUUAACAUCAUCCCAAGGAAGACCUGCAAACAGGAUUAUGUCCAGGAGGGCACCAAGCUGAAGAAGUCGAUGAUCUGUUCCAGGGGGAACGUCAACGUCGCAGUUUGUGCAGGCGACGAGGGCAGCCCCAUCUUCUGGUCCCCGCCCAAGACGACCCCCGAGGGCCGCGACCCAUUCGCGAAGCGCCUCGUCGGCAUAGCCUCCUUCACGGACGUCGACGACUGCCAGUCGCCGGACGGCACGGCAUUCUUCACCAGCAUCUCGAGCUUCAACAAAUGGAUCAAGAAGACGAUCAAGAAGAACAGCUGA